AUGGUUUCUCAUGGAAGGCACAAGAGGCAGAGAGAUGAAUCCGAGUCAGGGUCGGAGGAAGAAACCAAGGAGUAUCUUCUGGCCCAAAAGGCUCAGAGGAAGGCGUUAAGUACAUCAAAGAAACUGAAGAGGCAGCAGCCAGAUCUCGCUGAGAGGUUCGUGUGGUGGAAGAAGAUUGAGAAAGAUGUUCACCACGGAGCAUCGCUGGAUCAGUUUUCCGUGAAAGCUGAGAAGAGAAGGCAUAAGGAGAAGAUGGCAGAGCUUGCAAAGCUGACGAAGAGGAAAGAAGAUGGAGCAGCGGAGAGAGCUCGACGUGAGGAAGACAUGUCGUUAUUGGCUAGAGAACGUGCUCGAGCUGAGUUCCAAGAUUGGGAGAAGAAAGAGCAAGAGUUCUGUUUAGGUCAAAGCAAGGCUAGGUCAAAGAUCAGAUUACGUCAAGGCCGAGCGAAACCAAUAGACGUGCUAUACAAGCACUUGGAUGAUGAUGACGGUUCAGAAUCAGAUGUCGAGCUCAGUGAACCACCCUACAUGGUUUUCAAGGGACUCACUGUUAAAGAUUUGGAAGAGCUUCGUGGUGAUAUCAAAAUGUAUCUGGAUUCGGAUCGCGCAACUUCAACACGCGUGAAGUAUUGGGAGGCUCUUGCUGUGGUGUGCGACGGUGAGUUAACUAAAGCUCGUAAAAGGGACGCCCUUGAAUUGCUUGCUCAAGAGAAGGGACUACAAGCUGUUGUUGAAGCUGAUGUGAGAGAACUUCUUGAUGGGAAGACACACGAGGAGCUUGUGCAGAUGCAGAUAGGCAUCAAAUCUCGGCUGCGUUCUGAGUUGGCGGAAUUUGCAGAGUUUUGGGUAGCGGUUCUUAAAAUCCUGGAUAUAUGCAAGGCAAAGGCUUGCUUGAAGGAAAUACACGCUGAGAAGCUGAGGAGACAUCUACAUAGCCUCGAAGAAAACGCUGAAGAAGAAUUUGCAUUCUCUCAAGAAGAGGCUGAUGAUGUGGCGGCUAUUUCGUUUUCGCCGGAGCUAAUUCACGGUGAUGAUGAUCUUGAAGAAGAAGUUGAUCCCAGGGAAGACGAGAAGCUACUGGAAACGAAGCGGAUGGUUGUGUUGGAGAGGCGGAAGAAGCAGCCUAAUGUAGAAGAUAGCUUGGAGGUCAAGGCAAUGAAGGCAAUGGGAGCAAUGGAGGAAGGUGAUGCCGUGUUUGGCUCUAACGCUGAAGUGGACCUUGACACCAAGUGGCAUGACAAGUACAGGCCAAGAAAACCAAAGUAUUUCAACCGAGUUCACACGAGUUACGAGUGGAAUAAGUAUAACCAAACGCACUACGAUCACGAUAGCCCGCCUCCAAAAGUGGUUCAAGGGUACAAGUUUAACAUCUUUUACCCGGAUUUACUAGACAAGGCUAAAGCUCCCACUUGCUCUAUAGAGAAAGAUGGGACGAGCGCUGAGACUUGUAUCAUACGGUUCCAGGCUGGUCCGCCUUAUGAAGACAUUGCGUUCCGGAUUGUGAAUAAAGAAUGGGAGCGUUCUCGUAAGAAAGGUUUCAAACACACCUUCGACGGUGGGAUUCUGAAUUUGUACUUCCGCUUUAAACGUCAUCGGUAUAGGCGAUAA